UCCGAUCUGCUGGAUACCAGAGAGAGGAGAGAGCGAGAGAGGCGAGCCUUUGAAUCUCUGCGGUGCAGAGCUGGAAAAGCUGCUUCUCAGCGAAAAUCAGACGCCCUAUUUACUCCGCUUUUUCGCUCCAUUGUUUUUCUUUUUUUUUUUUUUUUGUUUCUUGUUUUUUUUUUUUUCCUGGAGAAAAAAAAAGGGACUUACAACGAGGACUGGAGCCCGUCUCAGCGAACCAUCGUGGUAUAUCUUUUCUUGUUAUUUAUGUUUUUUGGUCAACACACUUCUGCUGAAGGGACUGAGAUUGUACUUUUGCACUGAGACGCGCUGCUUUCUACCUCCUGCCUGGUCUCUCUCCAGAUUACCCAGCAGAAGUAGGCUACAUGACGCAAACCGUGCGCCGAGCAUUAGUCUGAAAGUUUUCCUCCACAACUUUUUUUCGUUUUCCUUUUUUUUUUCUCCCUUUCUUUCUCCCCUUCCACCAAUCACACUGACUUUCAUGCUACAGCAAGUCAGUGCACAGCGGUGGAGGAGCCAAAAGAACUAUUGCAUGAAACAAGAAAGGAGAGAAGAGACGCUGAUUAAUAAAUCGAUUUUUGCGACGCUUGCAAAUACCUUCGCAUAUCUGCAAAAGAGUCGCGACAACAACAUGAGUGCGGAGCUGAGCAUGGGCCCGGAGCUACCCAGCAGCCCUCUGGCUCUGGAAUAUGUCAACGAUUUCGACUUGAUGAAGUUUGACGUGAAGAAGGAGGGCCUGGCCGGGCUGGAUCGCAACGGGGUGCGCCAGUGCAACCGCCUGCAGCCCCAGGGGUCGGUGUCCUCCACCCCCAUCAGCACGCCGUGCAGCUCGGUGCCCUCCUCGCCCAGCUUCAGCCCCACGGAGCAGAAGAACCACCUGGAGGAGCUGUACUGGAUGCCCAACAGCGGGUACCACCAGCAGAUAGACCCGCAGACGCUCAGCCUGACCCCGGAGGACGCGGUGGAGGCCCUGAUCGGAGCCACGGCCCACGGCCACCCCCCACCCCCGCACGUCCAGCAGCAGCUGCAGCAGCAGGGCGCCUUCGAGGGCUACAGGGGCCCGCACCACCACCACAGCCACCACGGCCACAGCCAGCAGCACCACCACCCGUACGCCGGGGCCAUCCCGCACCACCCCGAGGAGCUGCCCGGGCACCCGGGGGCGCACAGCCACCCGCACAGCCAGCACCACCACCACCACAGCCAGGACCCCGACAGCCCGUCCCCGGUGUCCCCGGAGUCCCACCAGCCGCUCCAUCACCACCGCCACCAUCACCACCACCACCACGCGCACGGCCACCUCAGCCAGUCCGCGGGCCACCACGGCUCCGGGAGCGGGCUCAGCGUGGAGGACCGCUUCUCCGACGAGCAGCUGGUGUCCAUGUCGGUGCGGGAGCUCAACAGACACCUACGGGGCUUCACCAAGGACGAGGUCAUCCGCCUGAAGCAGAAGCGGAGGACCCUGAAGAACCGGGGCUACGCGCAGUCCUGCAGGUUCAAGCGCGUGCAGCAGAAGCACGUGCUGGAGAACGAGAAGACGCAGCUGAUGAACCAGGUGGAGCAGCUGAAGGCGGAGAUCAGCCGGCUGGCGAGGGAGAGGGACGCCUACAAACUCAAGUGCGAGAAACUGACGGGGUCGGGGGCCAAUAACGGGUUCCGCGAGGCUGGCUCGACCAGCGACAACCCCUCAUCUCCAGAGUUCUUCAUGUGAGUUGUCGCAGCCUCCCCCCCCCCCCAUCACAACAAACUUCUCCACCCCCCCCCCCCCCCUCCUCCUACUCCACCACCCCACCCUCACCUUUCCUUUCGCCACAAACGAGUGAACAAACGAUAAUAAUCCACACCUCCCAUACUGUUUGAUUAUACUAAUAACGGUAACAAUUAUAUUCGUAUUAGAAGAAUAAUCCAUCAAAUAGUACUCUCAUAUAUAAUCAUCUCUCCAUCCACGUGUCAACUGAGAUACAAAGAGCAACGUAGAGUGGCCAGUCGCAGCAUCUUUGUAGACUAGUUGCUUGUAGAGAAGAGACUUUUUUUUCUUCUUCAGAGGAACAGAGGGUCGGCUGAUGAACUUUUUUUUUUCUUCCUGUCCCUCUUCGCUCUGUCUCUCUCAAUUUUGAGACUACAGCUUUUAAAUAGUCUGUAAGUAGUGUGGGGUGGCGUCCAGGCGGUUGUCUUCUCUCUCUCUCUUUUUUUUUUACAUUUUUUUUUGAUUUUUUUGUUCUCCAAAAAGACAACAGGCAGGCCUGGCCGCACAGCCUGCAACACAGGAGGCUCACAUCCGACAAAGUGGGCCUGAAAUCCGAGAACAAAAAAAAAAACCCUCCAAAAACGGGACUCCACUUUAUGCAAAUUCAACUUCUGUC